AUGUCAGACGAGGGUGCAUUCCCAACUAAGAUUAACCCAAAGUAUAUUCCAUAUACUAAAGAUAAAGAUGCCGUAAUUGCUUGCGCCGUUCCAAUUGAAUUGGAUUUAGCUCAUGUUUUCAAAGGUCAUAAAGUAAUAGUUACUGGUGUCCCAGGUGCUUUCACUCCAACUUGUACUGAACAACAUAUUCCAGAUUACUUAAAGAAUAUUCAAGAAUUUAAAGACAGAGGUGUUCAUAAGGUCAUUGUCUUAUCUGCCAAUGAUCCUUUUGUCAUGGCAGCUUGGGGUAAGGCAUUAGGUUAUCGUGAUGAAGAAAACUUUUUCAUAUUUGCCAGUGAUCCAAAUGCCGCCAUUUCAAAACAAUUGGGUGAAAAUUAUGUUGCUGAUUUAACAUCUGCUGGAUUUGGUUUAAGAUUACAAAGAUAUGCUGCAAUUGUUAAUAAUGGUGACAUUAAAUUCUUAGAAAAUGAAGAUUCUUUAGGUUUCACUGAAAUUUCUUCUGCUAAGAACUUGUUGGAAAGACUCGAAAUGCCAUAG